AUGAGGGUAUACAAUGUGGGUGUCCUAAUGGCCUCACACCUGGACAGCCCAUUUGAUCUGGAAAGGUGUGGACCAGCAGUUGAUUUAGCUCUAACUGAGGUCAACGAGUUCCUGUCUUUGCAUAACGUUCAACUACAAAAAGUCCAGGGCAGUUAUCCGUCAUGCAGCGGUGCUCGAGCACCAGGUUUAGCAACAGAUAUGUAUUUUCGUGACAAUGUAAUUGCCUUCAUUGGUCCAGCCUGUGCUUUUGCAUUAGAACCUGUUGCGAGACUAGCUGCUUACUGGAACACCCCAAUUAUAACAGGAAUGGGAGACCAGCCACCGUCACAGGGAGAAUUAUCUGUAACAUCAGGAAUUCUUGGAAGAAAAUGGAAAAACGAAUCCUCGGGUAUUUUCAAAGACAAAAGCAAAUAUCCAACAUUAACAAGGAUGUCCUAUUGUCAAUGUCGUUUGAGACUCGUGUUUUCGAGUAUUUUUAAAGAAUUCGGCUGGUCCCAUGUCGCUCUCAUUUUGGAUAGAUCCGACUUAUUUUCAUUGACAGUAGGAAAAAAUUUGGAAUAUGGUUUGAGAAAAGAGGGCCUUCUGAAGUUUGUCAGAGAACUCGAUGGAAAUUCUGACGAAGAAUCUUAUCAUCUUUACUUACGAGAUGCUAGCAUGUAUGCAAGAGUGCUAAUCUUGAGUGUUCGAGGCACCCUCGUGAGGAAAUUUAUGUUAGCAGCACAUGCCUUGGGAAUGACCAGAGGAGAAUGGACAUUUUUGGAUGUGGAAAUAUUUCAGGGUUCGUAUUGGGGUGACCAUGAUUGGGAAGUGGGAGACAGGGAAGAUUCAACAGCUAGGAAAGCCUACGAGGCCCUUUUGAGGGUCUCCCUUCUUCAGCCAACAAGUCCUAGAUUUCAGGACUUUGCCGAAGAUGUUAGGCUGAGAGCCCAAUCCGAUUAUAAUUACACUUUCUCGGAGGGUGAGGAGGUGAACUUUUUCAUUGGAGCUUUUUACGAUGGAGUAUACUUGCUCGGAAUAGCUUUGAACGAAACACUCUCUGAAGGUGGCGAUAUAAGGGACGGGAUUGCUAUUACAAGAAGAAUGUGGAACAGAGAUUUUAUUGGAAUUACUGGUCACGUUAGGAUCGAUGACAAUGGAGAUCGGGAUGCUGACUAUAGUAUUUUGGAUUUGGAUCCAAUCACAGGAAGAUUUGAAGUUGUUGCGCACUACUAUGGAAUUAAUAGAAAAUAUAAUCCAGUUUAUGGGAAAAAAAUACAUUGGCCAGGAGGAAAAGAAGGUCCUCCAGCAGAUGUUCCAGUAUGUGGCUUUUUAGGAAAUGAUGAAGCAUGUUCCUCUAAAUCAGAAGCAUACACUUUUGUUGCUUAUUCCAGUGUUGCACUUGCCGUUUUUUUAUUCGCAACAGCUGCUGCGGCCUGCGUUUUAUACAGACACCUCAGACUCUCCGCUGAUUUAAACAACAUGUCUUGGCGAAUAAGACCUGAAGAAUUACUAAUUGAAGUUGGAAGACCUUUUUCUUCAAAAAUCAAUUUACAUCAAGCUCUGUCCGAUAAUUAUGGACUUGAACAACGAAUGCGGCGUGGGUCUCAAGCUAGCUGUGGUUCUUUACCCCCGACUACUGUAUUUACCACAAUAGGAAUUUAUAAGGGUGAGAGAGUUGCUAUAAAAAAGAUUACGAAAAAGAAAGUAGUCGACGUUACGAAGAAAUUGUUGUGGGAACUGAAACAAGUCAGGGAUAUCACGUCGGAAAACACCGUAAGAUUUAUAGGUGCAUGUCUUUGUUCUCCUUCACCGACCGUUUUGAUUCUUACUGAAUAUUGUCCAAAAGGAUCUUUAAAGGACGUUCUUGAAAACGAGGCCAUAAAGCUUGAUUGGAACUUUCGGAUGUCCUUAAUUCACGACAUCGUCAAGGGAAUGGCUUACCUUCAUGCGAGUGAAGUCUCAGCUCAUGGAAAAUUGCGAUCCUGUAAUUGUCUCAUCGACGGUCGGUUCGUUUUGAAAAUAUCGGAUUUUGGUCUGAAGAAUUUAACUACACCCUUGGAUUUUAUCAUGGAUGAGAUUUAUUAUACCAAAUUGCUCUGGAUUGCGCCAGAAUUAUUGCCCUUGACAAUUAUGCCUGGUAGUGCAGCAACUCAAAAAGGAGAUGUUUACAGUUUUGGAAUUAUUCUCGAAGAAAUUGUUGUUCGAGGUGGUCCUUAUGAAGCAGCAAGGACUUACAUGACAUCGCAAGAAGUAGUGAGUCACGUGAUUACUUGCGAAACACCACCUUUCAGACCGGAGCUAGCCCCAAGAGAUUGUCCUGCAGAUAUUUUAUCCUUGAUGGAAAAAUGUUGGAACGAAGUGCCCGAAGAGAGACCGUCUUUCCACACUAUACGUGGAACUAUUCGAGGAAUCAUGAAGGGCUAUUGCGAAAAUUUAAUGGAUGAUUUACUGAGAAGAAUGGAACAGUACGCCAACAAUUUAGAAGCUUUAGUAGAAGAAAAAACCGAACAGUUAAGUUUGGAAAAACGUAGAAGUGAGGAAUUACUUUAUCAGGUUCUUCCUAGACAAGUAGCUGGUCAAUUAAUGGCUGGCGAAUUAGUUCAACCAGAACAAUUUGAAUGCGUGACAAUUUACUUUAGUGAUAUUGUGGGAUUUACUGCACUUUGCGCAGAAAGCACACCCAUGGAAGUUGUCGAUUUUUUGAAUGAUUUGUACAGCACCUUCGAUCGAAUUAUUGAAUUCUAUGACGUAUAUAAAGUGGAAACGAUAGGCGAUGCCUAUAUGGUAGUUUCUGGACUUCCUGAAAGAAACGGAGAUGAACAUGCAAGAGAAAUUGGUUUAAUGGCUCUUGCAAUUUUAGAUGCAGUUAAAUCAUUCACAAUAAUGCACAAGCCAAAUUCCCAACUGAGUGUAAGAAUUGGGGUUCACAGUGGUCCAGUUUGUGCAGGCGUUGUUGGUCAAAAAAUGCCUCAUUAUUGUUUAUUUGGUGACACUGUAAACACCGCAUCCCGAAUGGAAUCAUCCGGCCUACCACUGAAAAUUCACAUGUCAGGCGCAACAAAAAAUAUACUGGAUAAGUAUGGAACUUUUAUUUUGGAUUUACGAGGGGAAGUGGAAUUAAAAGGAAAGGGGAGAAUGACUUCAUAUUGGUUAACAAGCUGUUCUGAACCAGAUCCCAGGCCACCCACACCAAAGCACCGCAGGCAAAGCACAAGUGAAAACCUCAAUCCCUUAAUUUUUCCUCAAACUCUUCUCAAUGGAGCGAAAACCAAUAAUAACACUUUUAUUAAUUUAUCAGAAUUAUAGAAUGCGAAAAACUGCUUAGUACUAAAAUAAUGUAUUAUUCACUAUGAGAUUUGUACACUAGAACUUGGAAUUAUGACCGGUUUCGGACAUUGUUUGUAGUAGCCUUGGUUUGUAGUAGCAGUCUACUGAACAAAUACUUAAGUCGUAAAAAGUCCUCAUUGUUUUGGUGCAAAUUAAAUUUUUGUAACAAA